UAUACGGAGUGCAGUCGCCGACGCGCACGGCCAGAGCAAACGUCUGUCUCGCCGACGUGAGUGUAAAAGUCGAGUGUUGUACAAAAGUUACCGGGAGAUUGGAGAGAAAUAUCGGGAAAUUUUACGCGAAAAUUGCGGAUAUUGAUAGAGAAAAGUAGCUGCGAUAUUGCAGCAAAAAAUAUAAUUAAUGAGCAUCGAGAAAAACGUCUAAAAAAAAUGUCUUACAAAUAAAAUUACUUCAGCAACAUAAAAUUAUUAGUUUUCACCGACGCCUCGCCUCGAGUAGACGAAGAAGCGAUCGAGAUAAGCGGACGCGUCGAGGAGUCCGACGAUGAUUAUGCAGGAUACGCCUCGAUGAUGUCCGUCCGAGGGUGUUCCUGCCUACGAUUGCGCAACGAACGAGCGUGGAAACAAUGAGAGUGCCGUCGUAAGCUGAACGGAGUCCGCGGCCGAUCGUGACGCGGCGGCCUUCGGCGCGAUCGAAUCGAGCCGGGCGAUCUCCCGUGCUCUCGCGGGACCGAAAAUGACAAUAAGUCGGCCGGCGACGGUGAUGAAACGUUUCGUACGCGGCGUUCGUCCGCCGUCAUCGCGAGGAUGACGAAGACGUGGACGGUAAGCGGCAUCAUGGGACUCCUCGUCCUCGUACCCGUUACCGUCUGCGCGACGAUCACCUACGUCGACCACAGCGGGGACUCAUCGUCGCGAUGCGACGAUCGCAGUAAUAGUAAUCGCAGAAAUAAAACUUUCUCAACAUGCAAAUAUGAUGUCGACUGUAUUGAAAACGCGUAUUGCCGGAACCAGCAGACCUGCUCGUGCAAAGAAAAUCACAUCGAGUACAGGAGUAACAACAACUACAGAUGUCUGAGAGUGGCCACUCACAUUGGCGAUCCCUGCGAGGAGGACAUCCAGUGUGAGUUUACAUUUACACCGCAAUCGGAAUGUCGAGAAGGCACUUGUCAAUGCGCCCACGAUUCUCACUUCACGGACGGGAGGUGUUACGAGUCCAUUGGUUUGGGAAAACGUUGUCGCUCGAAUCGCAAUUGUUAUAUUAAGAAUACUUUUUGCGAAUACGGUUUCUGCAAAUGUGGGCUACGCCAUCAUGCAAAUCCUGAGAACACCGGUUGUCUACCGAGCGCAAAAUUGGGCGAACUUUGCAAGAGCGACGACGAAUGCAUUGUGGAGAAUUCGAAGUGCAUAGAAAACAAAUGUGACUGCAAAGUGAAUUACGUGCUGGCCGAGAGCGGUCAGCGGUGUCUGAGAGUCGCUACCCAGAUCGACGAGGAGUGCGAGCAGCAAUCGCAGUGUCGAUUCAAGCAUAGCCAAUGUAGCGUGAACAAAACGUGCGAUUGCGUUGUUGGCUCGCAUAGACGCGGUCAUCUGUGCUUCGUCGAUGUCGAAUUAGGCGGCCGUUGUGAAAUUCAUCAUCAUUGUAUCACCGGAACUUUCAAAGAUUCCAAUUUGACCUGGAAAUCGAAAGUGGAUUGCGUAGAAGGCUUUUGUGCUUGUACCGAAGGCUAUACAUUGAUGGAUGAGCUGCAAGAUUGCAUUCAAUUCAGCGAUAAUGGUGCAACGAUACGGCAGAUACACGGAAUACUCUUGAUCAUCUUUAUCGCGAAAUUUCUUGUGCGCUAAAGAUGAAUAACAAAUAUGUGUUCAGCACUUUUCAUAAAUUUAUGAAUUCACCAGUUUAUUAAUUUAAAAUAUUUAAAUAUAAAUUAGCUGUAGCUUUAUUAAUUUAUCUGAUUUAGAUGUAUCAUCGUAUUUAUUUAAAUCGUGCUUAAUGUAAAUUUAGUACUUUAACUAGCAAGUAUAAGCAGCCAAAGAGAAGCGGUGCUUUUACGAAAGCAGCGGAUCUGUUAAAUCAUUAAUGAUACUCCUUUUUCUCGCACAUUUUAAUCAGUCAUUGAUUAGGCUACGUGUGAGCAAAUCUUUUCACAUACGUAAAUCAUCAUGUAUAAUUGUGUUCUAUUUUCGUAACAAUAAUACUUCACCGUGUU